UGCAAACUCUGAAGACACUGACACAAUGAAGUUUGUGGUGCUUGCUUUGCUUGUAGCUGGUGCCUACGGGUGUGGCGAUCCAACCUUCCGGCCGGUGGUGAGCCGAGUGGUUAAUGGAGAGGAUGUGAGGCCUCACAGCUGGCCGUGGCAGGUAAAAGAAUUUGCAUCUUUUUUGUGCACAGCUGGAGGUCCCAUUGCUGACAUCCUGCAGCAGGCUCUGCUGCCUGUUGUGGACCACGCUACCUGCAGCCAGUCCGACUGGUGGGGCUCUCAGGUGACGGAGAACAUGGUCUGCGCUGGUGGAGACGGAAUUGUCUCAGGAUGUAAUGGAGACUCUGGUGGCCCUCUGAACUGUGUGGGCUCUGAUGGAGCCUGGGAGGUUCAUGGUAUUGUUAGCUUUGGCUCUGGGCUGAGCUGCAACUACCGCAAGAAGCCAACUGUCUUUACUCAAGUCAGCUCUUACCUGGACUGGAUCAACAAUAAAAUGGUGGCCUACUAAUAGAGCACAUUAAAGGACUAAAGGUUGUCAUUGUUAAAUUUAGAGUCUAAAUGAAAUAAAAUCUUUUCUUAUACUUGA